CUUGCGAUAAAAUUAAGAUAACAGCUAUUUGCAUCUUGGAUAACCCCGUCCAUCUUAUAUAUAAAAAGAGCGCGAUCAAUUAUCACCUCAAAACGAACGAACAAAAUGCGCGCGCUAGCCGUCUUAUCGCUCCUGUGCCUUUUCGCGGCCUACUCCUGCCAGAGCCACGACCUGGUCCUAGGCCAGACCACGUACGGAGACGUCGUCUUAUACAACGUCAACGAAUAUAAAUAUGGGUUCCCGUUCUUCGUGAGGACCAGCAUUAUUGAAUACCCGGAGCCUGGGAAGUAUAACUUCGCGUACAUACGAGCUAUCCAUAUUAAAGACAAUGAUCGCGAUGGCUCAGGAGGGUACCCGUCGAUUUCUGCUGGAGGCAUUGGGCAAAGGUUUGUGAAGAUCAAGUUGAAGUCCCAGCGAGGCGGCGGGUUUAACUUCACGGUGACCAUCUACGGACGAUAUUGAUUUCAUUUUAACAUGUGCGCCUAGUGCAUUUUGUAAAUAUUUUAUUAUAUUUACCUAUUUAUGUUUUUCUGUCAGUAUUAAAGUG